AUGGUUCUCGACGGACAAAACACCACCACUCAAACCACCACGCCAAAAUUGCGAUCCGCAUGUAACUCGUGCCGUCAACUCAAGGUACGCUGCUCCGGCGGCAAUCCAUGCCAGAACUGUGCUACCUCCAACACAGCUUGUGGCUACGGCGUCUCCAACCGCCUGGGUCGUCCAAGGGGGGCCAAAAACAGACAGCCGUCUAAAGGGCAACUUCUAGCCCCCGCGCCGACGAGUUCCGUUGUGCAUGAUGGGCAACAGACGCCAACCUCCGCCAAUACACCUGUGUGGCUGUCACCGUCAGCAGACAAACCUACGUUUGUGUUGGACUCGUGGCAGCCCACCACGACCACGGUAAACCACCAGGAACGCCAGAGGGAACAGGCGCACCAACACCAACAUCACCAGCAGGAGCCACAACAUUCGCAACGUCGUCCACAAUACCCCGGACAACAUACGCUGGAGCUGCCGGAAUGGCCGUCGCCUCUGGAGCUACUGGAUAGCAUGUCGUGCAUGGGCUCAGGAGAUCACGACCUAUUUGAGUUGGACCACGAGGCGACCGCGGCCCUCUCGUGGACGCCAAGCCCCAACGACUUGCCAUGCUUUUUUGGCACCAACAACCCGGCAUCAUAUGCAGCACCGAGCCACGCUGGUAUCCACGGCCACGUCCCGGGCUCGUCCGAACCACCCUCUGGAAAAGGCUGGCCAGCGUUGGCAAUGGAACCACCCACGCCGCCGGCGCCCACCGCCGACCUCGUCGACCCGCGGCUGAUCACCUCCUAUCCCCCCACCGGCCGGACACACAGUCAGUAUGGAGACCUAGAUCCAACUUCUUCUUCAUCCUCCUACGUCGCGACCUCAGAAACGAGCAGCAGCAGCAGCAACAACAGCAGACACCCGACCGGAUUGGAAUGCUCUUGUCUCCAACGGCACAUGGACCUCCUCUGCUCUCUCAAACGGCCCCAUGUCCCCCAUCGAUCAUCUGGCGCAUCAACACCACGAAGCACCACGGCAACCGCACUCCCAGUCGACUUUGUCCUGCAAAACGCCCAGGAAGCCUGGCACGCCUGCCGAGCAGCGGCCGACUGCCAGGAGACAGCGGAAGACAACCACGACCACGAGGUGAUUGAGCUCCUGGUCAUGUGCCUACGGGCCGUCGUGGCGCAAGUGCAGCAGCUUCCGGCCGUCGCGCCGCUGGUGAAUUUCGAGGGCAGCGCCGGCGCUAGCGGUGGUGAUGAUGAUGAUGACGAUGCGAGGAGCCUGAUGCAUUUGCGCAAGAACGGCGGCGGCGGUGGCGGCUAUCAUCACGGGCACGAUGAUGUGUCGUCGGUCUUGUACAGCCGGGAGUCGUCGUCUUCGCCGGAAGACAAGGUCUUCGGUGGUCUGGGCAGGGACGGCGUGCCGAUCCUGGUGGGAGAGUUUGAGGUCAGUGGGGAUGAUAAGGACUUGCUGUUGCGGUCGUUGCGCAUGAUUGCGCUGCGCAAGUUGGCGAGCGGGUUGAGGUUGCUGCGCGGGAUCGUGGAUGCAAAAAAGGCAACGCUCCGCGGGGGUUCGGGACGCGUUUCGGGGAGUGGGAAUGAGGACCGGCCGCCGCGCAUGGCGAAUGGGUUACAUGAUGCGGGGGAUUUGAAGCAUGUGGAGCGGAUGAUGGAUGGGCUGAUGCAUUCGAUCAAGGUGUUGAUUGGGUUACGAGAUGUUGAUAGAGAGUAUCUGGGUUUAUGA